AUGCCAACGAAUCAACCAACUAAAUUUGAAGUACCUGUUGAUCUAUUAACCCCUGAAAGCUGUAUAUCAUCAUCUCGAAUAAGAGCAUUUUUAAAAAGAUCCAGAAAUCUUACUGAUGAUACUAUUCGGCCACAUCUAAAUGAAAUUGAAAAAUCAAAGUGUUCACAGUAUUUUGAAGAGGAGAUAGUGCCACAAUGGAGAGUACGUGGCGAGAUCAUUGAUUAUUGUUCUAAAUAUUCACAAGAGUUACGAGAUCACACAAGCCAAGGGAAAACUGUUACUGCGACAAAGUUGUCGUAUGACUUGCCCAAUGCUGAAGAAAUGACUGAUAAAUUUGAUUUGAGGACUGACCCCUAUGCAUAUAAAAGUUAUCAAAGAAGAAUAGAUGAACAAUAUGCACAAUGUGAUGCAUUAGACAACUGGACUCAAAAUGAAAAAACGGUAGAGCAAAUUAUCAGACAACAGACAGUUGAGGUUUUGAAUGACAAAUGUUUUUAUCAAGACUGGAUGCAAGCUUUUAAAAGAGCCUCCAAUCCAAAGAAAUAG